UUAUGAUGCUAAAAGAGAAAUAUUUUAUAGAAAAAAUAUUAGAACAGGAAAAGAUAUUGUUGUUAAAAGAUAUUUAUUUGAUCAAUUUGAUAUUGAAAGAUAUAAAACAACUGUUUUAACAACAUUAGUUUCACAAUUUUUUGCUAAUCAGUUUAAUAAUACCAAAGUAGCAUCACGAAAAAUUUCUUUUAAAAAUGUUUAUUUAUUGAAUUAUAAUAAUCAUUUAUAUUUUUUAGAAUCUGAAUUAAAUAAUUUUACAAAAUUUAACAAUAAUGCUAAAUACUAUAAUUAUGAUGAAAAAUAUAAAACAUUAGAAGCUUUUAUGCAUUUUACUUAUAAUUAUUCUAACAAUCAAUUAGUAAUUUGUGAUUUACAAGGUGAUAUAUAUAAUUAUGAUUAUGAAUUAACAGAUGCUACUAUUAAUUCUAUAAAUAAUUUUUUUGGAAUCACUGAUCAAGGUAUAAAUGGAAUAACAAAAGUAUUAGGUUCAUAUAAAUAUAAUUCUUUUUGUUUAAAAUUAAAUUUGUAA